CAUUUAUCGAGUGAAGGAUGUAUUUGCUGGUUUUUCUUCACAUCCUGCUAUAUCAUUUCUUGGUAGUCUGCUCCUGCCCAGUUUUAUGUGCCUGUGCCGAUGGGACCACAGAAACAGCAGAUCUCAGUUUGACCAUAAACUUCAAUUGGGAGUGGCAAAAAACAGCUCUCUUUCUUUCUUGAAGAAUUGUUCACGAUCUGCCAAACUGCUGCUGGUUGUGAAGUUGGUGCAAUGCAGUGACUCUAGAAUAUCAGACGUUCCUAUCAAUGUCCCUGCUGACACUGUGAAACUUCGUCUUGAAAAGACCCUGAUCACCAGGGUGCCCAGGGCAGCCUUCUUCAACCUGUCAGAGCUGCUCUUCUUGUGGCUUAGCUACAACUCCAUCACAACCAUCCACCCCAGCAGCUUUGUUAACCUGAGAGCCCUGAGAGAGCUGCGUCUGGAUGGAAAUCACCUAACUGCCUUCCCAUGGGAGGGUCUUAGGGACAUGCCUCGCCUUCAGAUGCUUAGUCUUCACAACAACCGACUAUCCAGCCUUUCAUCUCACGCAGCACUCUUUCUGCCAAACAUCACCUACCUUGACUUGUCCAGUAACAGGUUUGACCAGCUGGGAAUUAACUCACUAACAAACUGGUUCUAUUCAAUAAAUAUGCUUCAAUUCUCUCCUCUCCCUAGGUUGACUAUAUUAUCAGGCAAACUGUUGGACCUCUGGUUCCCUCUUUCUGGUCAAUGGGGGAGAUCAGUACAAAGAAGAAUUUUGGGUCUCCAUGACAACCCAUGGUUCUGUGACUGCCAGAUCUCCUUGGUGGUGUCACUGUCAAUGUCCCUGGGGAGUCCCGUGGUUCUCAUGGACCAGCUGCUUACAUGCAGAAGGUCUCUCGAUCAGUCAGGGAUGGUGCUGACUGAAACAGAGCUGCCUCACUGUAUGAGACCAUACAUCCAGCCUGCAGUCACCAAAGUCAUAUCUCUGCUGGGCAGCAGUGUAAUUCUCCGCUGUGAUGCCACUGGCUACCCAACUCCAUCUUUGACAUGGGUCAAAACUUCAAAUUAUGCUGAUUGCUGUCGACAGGACAUCAUUGAUGACAAUGAAAAACUGCCCAGGAAUGUGGAAAGUUCCAUGCAGGGAUCUCCUAGGGUUGGUGUGCGCUGGUCAAUAAUCAGCUUGGAUGACUUAGCAUUCAAGGAUGCUGGUGAAUAUCGCUGUCAAGCUCGGAACAUGGCAGGAAUAUCUGAAGCUCCUAUUAAACUAAAGGUGGUGGGAGUUACACGGCUCUCCCGACUCCCAAAGAAGAAGUCCCAGAAGACUCCAUCAAAGUCAUCAUCCAACAACAAAACGCCCAUCCAGACUCAAAUUACUUCUCCCACGCCCUCACUAAAGGAGAACCAGACAACCCAAACCAUUACACCGCCUGCUCAAAAGAACAAAACACAGACAGUUCCUGUUAUUGUGUCCAAAGUAGUCCCCAUUUACAAACGCAGCAAAACACACUUAAAAGGUCUAAAGAAAAUUACAAAAAAAAAAAAACUCAAGUCUAUACUAGAAGAAUCUGACAAUUCAACCAUUCCUAUUUCAAACACCAAAGUAUGACCUUAGACAGUUGGUUAACGGUGGAAGGGUAUUUUCAGUAUAGCUGUUGUGGUUUAUCCUGGACCCCUGCAGAGACAACACACUGAUGAGCUGGGCUGCGAAACCUCAGGUGGCAGAGUUGUCAUCGAUCGAACUGUAGGAUUGGAGAUUUGAUCGCUUUUAGUACCUGAUAUUUUACAUUUACAUUUUCAACAUUAACUGUCAUAAAAUGUGUGAAAGAAAACUGACUGAGAAGUCUCUUAUGGUUUUGUUUACAGUUCAUAUAGAUAACACAUUUAAUACUGCACAUUGUGUUGUUUUUUUCACAUGAGAUUUUCAAUUUAAUUUCAAUGUUUAAAUGUUUGCUCUUUACUGUGUGUGCGGAGUUGGGCCUUCAUGAAUAAAAACUGCUGUCAUA